UGUUGGUUUAACACAUUUGAAGCAGAGAUGACAGAAAUAAAAAGCUGGGCUUUUUGGAGGGCUGUGGCUGCAGAGUUUGUCGGCAUGUUGCUGUUCAUAUUCAUUGCUAUAACUGCUGUCAUUGGAAAAGAUAAGAAUAAUGAGGGGGAGAACAUUGCUCAGGAGGUGAAGGUCUCUCUGGCCUUUGCACUAGCCAUUGUCACACUGGCUCAGAGUUUGGGGCACAUCAGUGGGGCACACUUAAAUCCUGCAGUCACUUUGGGCCUACUGGUCAGCUGCCAGAUCAGUGCCAUCAGGUGUGUUUGCUACAUACUGGCUCAGAUGCUUGGGGCAGUUGCAGGUAGUGCUAUUGCGAACGGAUCUGGGAAUGGACUAUCCCCUGGUGUUAACAAGCUAAAGACGACUCUAGGACAAGGCUUCAUCAUAGAGUUCCUUGCCACCCUUCAGCUGGUUCUGUGUGUGAUAGCAGUGACUGAUAAGCGACGAAGUGAUGUUAACGGUUCUGCACCGCUGGCUAUUGGGCUGUCAGUGGGGCUUGGGCACUUAGCAGCUAUAAGUUUCACUGGAUGUGGUAUCAACCCAGCUCGCUCUUUCGGACCAGCCGUGAUACAGGGUCAAAUGACGAAUCACUGGGUCUACUGGCUGGGGCCCAUGUGUGGCGGCACAGCAGCAGCUCUUAUCUAUGAUUUCCUUCUGUGUCCGCGAAGGCAAAACUUCAGAACGGGCUGGAACGUCCUGCUUAAUGGUCCAGAAGAUGAAAAUGAUGCAGGUGAAAUACUUGGAGAAGGCAACAGCAGCCCGGGGCCAAGUCAGUGGCCGAAAAACUGAACAACAUGCAACAUUCAACAUAUGAUUCAUAGAUGUGCUUUAAAUAUGGCUAUUGAUUAAUUUUUAUGGUUGCUUUUUUUCAUGUGUGUAUUUUUAACCAAUGAAUACGUUAUAAUAAAUAUUAUUUUUCAUCCAA